GAAAGUAAAAACUUCUAUUUGUUUAACAUACAAAAAUUAUUUCAAUGAAAUUAAUAAAUAUUUAAUUAAAUAGGCACAGUUAUACCGCGGCGUUGGCAAAAAACCUGGUAUAAAUAUCACUUGAGAAGCCAUUGGUGGUGUAGUAGAAAAUAACUUUCUUCUUCGUAGCAUAAUAAUCGACUAAGAAAAUGAAACUUCUGCCUAUACUUUUUGCAACGGUUUUGGUUCUCUCGAUCACAACCAUAUGUCGAACUCAAACAACACAAAAUAGUGCAGACUCUAGUGCAGCCGCUACAACGGCAAGUGGUUCGGAUUCAACCACAGCAGCAACAUCAGAUGCAGAAUCAACCACAGAAACGGCUGCUGAUGACGACACAACAACCCCUGCGGCCACCACAUCAUCAUCGUCGUCAUCUAAUUCUGCCGUAGCCAGGUUAAGAAGGAGGUUAAGAAGACUAAAAAGGCAACAAAGACGUGCAGCGAGAAGAAGAAGAAGACGUGCAAGAGCUGCACGUAGAAGAAGAUUAGCUGCCCAAAGAAGAAGAAGAAGACGUAGGCAGAACUAAAGUCGUACAGCCAAAAGAGUUGUCGGUGGUUAUCCGCGGCUAACCGCAUUUUUUCUAGGUUCAUUAUACACAUAUUAUUGUACCCAUGUAAAUUCUAAUUGAAAUAUA